AUGCAUCCACAGCGUCCUCUUCCACAGGCUAUGCCCUCCUCCGGUAUGGGACAGCAGCUGCGGGACAUAGUCAUGGGUCUGGGACGGGGCAAGAACUUCCUGGGAGGAAACUUUGCCUUCAGUUUCAUCCAGUCGGUGAAGGAGUGCCUCUAUUUCCUUCUCUGCUGCUGGUGCAUCAAAGAGAUCCUGGACUGA